AUGGCGCCGCAGUCGAAUGAGAGCAAGCCCAUGUACCAGAAGGACGAGAAGGCGCUGUGUUUCCACGGCGAGCUGCUCUACGAGGCCAAGGUGCUUGAUGUGCGACGACACGAUCCGAAGGACAAGACAAGUCCCCAUGAAUAUCGAGUUCACUAUAAGGGCUGGAAGAAUACUUGGGACGACUGGGUGCCUCAAGACCGCUUGCGCAAGCUGACCGACGACAACCGGGAGCUCGCAGCGAAUCUGAGACGAGAGUUGGCUGCCUCAGCACCCAAAGUCGUUCCCAAGUCUGCCACCAAGCCCCGUCGUGGUCACGGCUCAGAGAUCGGCUCAGGAAGAGGAAGCGAAGAGCGCACCUCAUCUGGUCCUGCUGUUGCCACUGGUAGAGGGUCAAAGCGAACGAGGGACAACGACAUUGAAAAGGUUGGUGGUCCUAUCCACAAUUUUCACAGCCUGCAAGGCUUUCCCUUUACCCUGUUCAACCCUUCUUGGAUCCUGGAACCCUUGUGGUCUGCAUCGAACCUCAACACAAUGGCUCCUAAGAAGAAAAACAUCUCGGGCAGUGGGGAGAAGGACAAGAGCAGUGUUGGUGGUGUGAAUAAUACUCCGAGUGGUCUGGGUGCAGACAAUGACAACAACAAGAACGUUGACGAGGACUUGGGCCUCCAACAAUUCCUCCAUCAACCACGAAGAGCUGCUGUCAAAGCAGCCCAAGCAAUCUCCAAUACCACAGCCAACAAGAAAUCAUCAGUCAGUGGUGUCGCCACACCAGCUGCGGAAAAGACAAAGGGCAAUAAAGCGAAGAGAUCAGAGCCAUCCACAACCGGUACUGUCCAACGUUCCUCAAAGAACAUCAAGACAACUGGGGACAGUAAACCAAAGUCCACAAGCUCCAAACCUACCAAGACUCGCAAUGAUAAGCAGCCAGGACAAUCUCAAACCAGUCAUGAACCAAACCGUCGUCAAGGAGGUUCUACUGCUGGCACACGUCGAUCACUGAGAUUGAACUCGUCGAGCAGUGCUGAGGGUGGUGGAGAUAAGGAAGAUGAAGUUCCCGACAGUGAGGAAGAUGCCAUCCCGUCAGUAGGGAGAAGCGUUACAGACCAGACCGCGAACGCCGAUGUUGACACAACCUCACAAGAACCACACAAACCGAGACCGCAGUUGAAAGCAAAAACCAGAUCCAAAACUGUUACUCUUCAAUCAUCCAAACCUCCUGCAUCGCCAGCCACACAACCUCAACGCAUGAUUGCUCCUACCUCUUCCUCAGACACUCCAGGUCCCAAGACCUUUGAUGAGUAUCUCGAAACCACCCAUGAUCCACGUGAUGAGCUUGCAGCGUUGUCGAUCGAUGAAAUUCUGGCGAGGCCGGCUCCGCCGGACGAGCCAGAAUACAUAAGCAACCAGAGCGCCUCGCUCCGAAAGCGAGACUACAACGUGCCUCUGGUCGGCGGGACGACCACUGACGAGAAGUGUAGGAUCGCCGAGGAGCUGGCAGAGGCCUGCGCUGCGGGCAGAGCUCAUACAUACCGGGCAGCCAUGGUCCCAAGACAUGGCGUUGCCAUAGAGCCUCUGGACCCGCCGGGGUCGGGCACCCCAUUCGACGCGCUCAAGCAGGAGGACCGCCUCGUCCAUGAGCUCAACAGCAAGCCGGAGGCGGCCCUGGACGGCUGGUGCAACCAGGAAGCUCUCCUCAAGAUCCCGACGAGCAUCCUGCGCCGUCUGCAACCAGACGUCUUAGCCCGCCUCCCAUAUGAGGUCUUGAAGCAGCAGCCAAGAAGCAUCCAGCAAAUGCUGCCAGCGGACGCCAAGUUCUGGAAUGAGUCUCGUCAGGAAUGGCAACGAGGAGCAAGCUGCAGCACAGGCAAUGGUACUACAGGAGAAGGACUCACCGAACAACAAGAGGCAUUUGCCAGUCUCCAGAGUCAAGACAUUCAACCUUUGGUACAUUCAAGGGUGCCAGCCGGACAAGUGAUGCGUGGCCUGGAUUUCCUAUGCCUUGCGGCGGACGUUGUGGAGAGUGGAAUGAGUGACCAAGUCCAGCACAAUCUUGCGGAGGAGGACGAGGUUCAGGCAGCGCGCCCCAACCCUGGACCGGUCACCGACUACCCGCCAACUACUUCACUUCCACCAGCUGCCCAAGACAAUGACAUGACCCCAACCUACCACUUCGUGUACAUCGACUGGACCAAAUUGUUUACUGCUUGUGGAACUGCGAUUUUGUACGAACCAGAGAUGGCCUAUACUUACCAUUCAUCAUCUGAGCAGGAAGAAAAUUUCCUCGACCGCCCUACGAUCCAACUCUCCAUCCCCGAUCACCUUCGAAGUAUUCUCGUCGACGACUGGGAGAAUGUCACCAAGUCUCUGCUUCUCGUUCCCCUCCCUAGUCAAGCCCCGGCCAACUACAUUCUUGACGAAUACUUCAACCAAGAGAAGCUGAAUCGACGACUUGGCUCGCCGGAGGCCGACGUCCUGGAGGAGUUGGUCUCUGGACUGAAGGUCUAUUUCGAGAAGGCGCUGGGAAAGCUCUUGUUGUACCGUUUUGAACGCAACCAAUUGCAAGAUGUCCGCAAGCUUUGGGAAUCUGGCAGAUACAAGGAUUGGGAAGGCAAAGGUCCUGGAGACUGCUACGGUGCUGAACAUCUGACGCGCAUGAUUGUCAACCUUCCUGAGAUCGUCGCCCAGACCAAUAUGGACGCAGACGCGGUCAUGAGAUUGAAGGUGGAGUUGAGCAAGCUCACCACCUGGUUGUCGAGAAACAGUCAACGCUUCUUCUGCGCCAAAUACGAGAAGCCCUCGGCAGAAUACAUCGAGAGUGCACGCUAG